CUCUCCGCGUCUCGUUCUGGUCGACAGUCUGGCCCAAUGGAACACGGAGAGACUACAGCGCAUAUAACACCAAACAAUAUCGCGUCUCCAGGUGUGCAUGGAUGCAGACAGGUGUGAGGGCAGGAACUAGUGGAAUCUAGUGGAGUGUACACACACGCACACACACACACACACACACACACACACACACACACACACACACACACACACACACACACACACACACACACACACACACACACACACACACACACUAGCAUACUAGCACACUAGCAUACUAGCAUACUAGCAUACUAGCACACCAGCACACCAACACACACAUACAUACACAAACCAUGGCCACUGCCAGCAGAGUGGGCUCGGGAAGAGCUGGUUGGGUGGCGUUCGCAGAUGAAGCCUUCGGGAGAAGCACAGAGCAUCAAGCAGAUGUGGACAGCAGCUUGCAGAGGCCUAGCCCCGCCCCUUCUGAGAACUCUUCCAGUGUCGAGCUGUUAGCCCCUCCCCCUCAGCAGAACGCAUGGGUCUUAUUCGAAGAGAAGACCUGGCCCUCGCCCAAUCCGCAGUCGCAGGUAAAAGGUACUUCUAGACACAGCGUCUGUUCCACGGCCAGUUUCUGGAGCGCCGUCCCGCCCUCAGAGAGCAGCUGGACCCAAUCAGAACCAGGCUCAGUCUGGACCACACAAUCAGGGAAGAGCUCUCUGAGCAUGGGGGCGUCAUCUUGUGAUCUUCCCUCCCUAAACACAGAGGAACGGCACAAUGAGUCGUCAUCCCGACCCCAGUCACCCAAUUCGUCAGUGUUCCAAGAGGAUGAAGGAAUAGAGAUGGAUUCAAUCAGCUGGACUUCCAACACUAAACUCACCGGCACCCAAUCAGAGACCCCCAUUUCCUCUGGACGCUUCUCAUCCUGGGUGACCUUUGACGAUGACGAGGAGGACAAGCCCCACCUCCACCGCCGGGAGCAGCCAUCCCACAUACGAUUGGAUGAUCUCAGCCACUUCCAGGAUGCCAACAGUAACCUGAUUGGUUCUCCUCCCAACGUUUGGAAGCAGAACGGGAACCAGCAGAACCAGAACCGCCACCUCCUGGACCUGAUGCCGGACGGAAACCCUCAUAGAACCCUUCUGACUGAACCUAAAACCGCUCCCCUGCUCCCCGGUAGGACUAAACCUUACACCAAGAAGAACCCUUUCCUGUGUGAAGAGUUCAAUGACAUCCAGCCCUCUCCCAUCAACCCCUUUAGUUCCUACUUUGACUGUAAACAGGAAGUGGCAUCACAGACGAUCCAGAGUAAUGGCUCCGCCCACCACCUGGAGAGCUCUGCCUUCUCCUUCAGCUCUCCUUUCUUCCAGUCGUUCAGCUCCCACAGCCAAGAGGCCAAACGAGAGUCCAUUCUAGUCUUCUCCUCCGAGUUUGAGCCCACAAGAGGAGGAGGGGAAGAGACAGUCAGCCAUGUCACUCCUCCCUUAGACAGACUAGACCUGGAUCAGCUGAGAAACCUGCAGAUCACAGACCCAGACGAUCCAGGCAGCCCCACUCUGCCUGAUGACUCAGUGGAGGAUGCGGAGGAGGCGAAGGAAGAUGGGUUGGAGGGGGAGGAUGAGAGCGCCCCCUACCUCCCAGAUCAUAUGACCCCCCAAGAUGGCUGGGCCAUGCUGCUCCGUAUACCAGAGAAGAAGAACAUCAUGUCGUCACGCCACUGGGGGCCUAUCUAUGUCCGUCUGUCUGCCGACGGCGUGCUCCAGAUGUUCUACGAGAAAGGUCUGGAAAAACCCUUCAGGACCCUGAAACUGGACCCUCGCUACGAGGCGGCUGAACACCGCCUGCAGAACUACGAAGAAGCCGGCCGCGUCCACACGCUCAGUGUGGACCUCGUCCAAUACCGCGAGAGGAGGCGAAUCCAGGCGAAGUCACCCGUCACCCACCAGCCAAUCCGCGAGCAGCUGGUGAAGCUGGGCACCACCUGUUACCACGACUUCCUGAGUUUUCGUCAUGCGCUGGUGGAGGUGCUGAGACGGUUGCCGGCAGUGACGGGUGGGGCGUUGACGGGGUCGCCCAUAGGGGCGGGGCUGACAGAGGAGGAGGUUCAGGUGGAGGUGAGGGACGAGUUCUACGGGACGGUCGCUGCGGGAGAUGGGAGGAUUCUGAAGCAGCUUGUGAUGACUCGUGUGCACGUGCUGGCCUUCCUCUCUGGGUCGGCAGGCUGCCGCCUCGGACUCAAUGAUGUGCAGGUCAAAGGUAAGGAGGUGGUCUCCAGACACGACAUCAUCCCCAACACUACCACACGCUGGAUCCGCAUACGUGACUGCGAGCUUCAUGACGAACACGCAGACGAACUAGAGUUCCUGUCGUCACGCCAAGUUGUCUUCACACCGCCACCCUGCCGCCGCUUUCAGCUGCUCGCCUUCCGCACGGCAUUCGCUGAAAAAACCCUCCCCUUCACGCUGCGCACUGUUGCCUCUGUCCGCGGCGCCGAGGUCACCCUGCAGUCCUGGCUGCUGAUGUCACAGGGGUUCUCGUCCAAUCGGGACACGUUGAACCUCAUCCCCUGCGAGAAUGUGGCGAUCCGCUACCCCAUCCCUGAGAUUUGGGCCAAGAACUUCCGUCGGGACGGGGUGAUGGGGGAGAGGUCACUGAAGGCGAGGUUCAACAAGGGUGCCAGCUUCGGCACGGCGAGUACUUCCGGGUCAGAGCCAGUGAUGAGGGUGACCCUUGGCACGGCCAAGUAUGAACAGGCUUUUAAAGCUGUGGUGUGGAGGCUCAACCGCCUGCCUGACAAAAACUCUGCGUUGGGUCACCCCCACACCUUCUUCUGUCGUCUGGAGCUGGGUUCGGACCGGGAGGUGCCAGCCUCGCUGCAGAGCCACCUGGAGGUAGAGUUUGACAUGCCUGCCGCCUCUGCCUCCAAAGCCACCGUCCGCUCCCUCUCUGUGGAGGACAGGGCAGACGCCAAGAAGUGGAUCAACUACAAAUCACACUACUCCUACCAGGUGCCUAUAGAACAGAAGACAGGCGGCCUCUCAGAGAGCAGCAGCCCUACACUGGACCAGGACCAGCCUGGAGAAUGUGCACAGCAGUGAACACACACAGACAGACAGACGGAUGUAGGGAGGGCGGGAGGAUAUGAUGACUGUUUUUUUCACAGGAGAAGGGAGAAAAGUCACUUUUUGCACUUUGAAGAACUAUACCGGAGGACUAGUUGGCCGAUGUUUGUGCAUAGAUUGGAUGUGGACUGAAUGUACACUGGACGUAACUGAUUCUCGGUAGGUCAUCAACUUGACAUAGAAUGGGUGCUAGACUAGAUCUACACUAGACCAACUGGUUAUAGACGGGAUGUAGACUGGUAUAACGAGAUGUACUACCACCGGACAGUUUAUUAGGUACACCACCCCGUUCACGAAAAUGGAUCGCUCCUACAGACAGUGAGUCAGGUGGCCAAAGCAGGCAGGCAGGCAUCGAGGCAUUCAGUUACUGUUCAGUUGAAUGUUAUAAUGGGCAAAACAAGUGACCUAAGCAACUAUGAGUGUGUUAUGAUCGACGGUGCCAGGCGCACCGGUUCCAGUAUCUCAUAAACGUCCAGCCUCCUUUGCUUUUCACGCACAACAGUAUCUAGGGUGAAUGGUGCGACAAACAAAAACCAUCCAGUCAGCGGCAGUUCUGUGGGUGAAAACAGCUCGUUGAUCAGAGAGUUUGAAAGAAUCAGCGAGAAUCGUGCGAUUCAGGCGGGCCACAGUCAGGCAAAUAACGGCGCAGUACAACAGUGGUGUACAGAACGGCAUCUCGGAACGCACAACUCGUCGGUCCUUGUCAUGGAUGGGCAAUCGCAGCAGACGACCACACCGGGUUUCAUUCCUAUCAGCUAAAAACAACAAGAAGAAGCGGCUCCAGUGGGCACGCGAUCACCAACACUGGACAAUUGAGGAGUGGAAAAACAUUGCCUGGAACAUGACAGUGAGUUCAGUUUACUUGAGUGUCCUGGUCAGUCCCCAGACCUGGUCAGUCCCCAGACCUGGUCAGGCCCCAGACCUCAACCCAAUAGAGUAUCUUUAGGAUGAGAUGGAACGAGCUGUUCACAGCAUGACUAUACCGCCAUCCAAUCUGCAGCAACUGUGUGAUGCCAUCGCGUCAGCAUGGACCAGCAUCCCUGUUUAAUGUUUCCGACACCUUGUGGAAUGCCCCAAAUAAUUCAGGCUGUUCUGGAGGCAAGGGGGGGGGG